GUCUGAUUUUAUAAAAGAAAAAUCACAUUUUUCAGAUAUUUACAUUCGGAGUUUAGUAAAUAACCCCCUUACAGAAGGUUUAAUAUACAAAAUACACAGAGAGCCAUAUACAUGUGUCUUUCUCAGUUCAUACACACCAUGCACCUUAAAUUUGUCUUGUCUCUCCCCUAAAUGUCUUAAUAAAACACUUGGAAGCAAUGGAAGUCGGUUAAUAGAUGUUCAAUUUAAGCUUUUUUCAUGUUUAUAUCUAUAUUGUUCUUUAUUGACCCCUGUACUGAUAUGUCUCUAUCACCAACAGCUUGUGGAAACACACCAUUUUAUACUAAAGUACAAGCCGCCAAUGUAUCAGAAUUAUACCCAAUAGAUGGAAAGUGGCCCUGGAUUGUAAGCAUCCAGAGGAAAGUAGAAUUUGGCUACAAGCAUAUCUGCACCGGAACCAUUUUGAACAACGAAUGGAUCAUAACAGCUGCUCACUGCUUUAAAUUCUGGAAAGAAGAUGAUCCAACAACUCCACUAAGAGUUCUGCUUGGAACCUUCUACCUGUCAAAAAUUGAAUUAGGAGCUCAGACCCGGGGAGUUAAACAGUUGAUAAAACAUGAACAAUAUGAUCCGACCAGUGAGAGCAAUGAUAUUGCCUUGGUUCAACUGGAUAAGCAAGUGGAAUUCAGUGAUCAUAUCCAGCAAGCAUGUUUCCCUAAGGAAUCUGCUGAUCUGAAGAAUCUGAUCGACUGCUCCGUCGUAGGUUGGGGAGCCCAGGGAACUAAAUCUGAUGAACCAUCUCAGUUCCUGCAAGAGGCUGAAGUGGAACGGAUGGAUAUGAAGCACUGCAACUUGUACUACAAAGGGAACGUAGGAGAGAACCAUGUGUGUGCAGGCCAUCGGAAGGGGCUGGAUGGUGUUUGCCAUGGUGACAGAGGAUCGCCAUUAAUGUGCAGAACAAAGAAGAACAAUGCGUAUUCAGUAAUAGGAAUACUAAGUUGGGGUUCAGGCUGUGGUAAAACCAGAAACCCGGGGGUUUACAGCUCUAUUCAGUUCCAUAUUAAAUGGAUCAUUGAAAAAGUAAAGAAUGAGGCAGUUAAAGCAACAAUUCAAGGGAAAAGAUUACUCCCAAAACUAUUCUUUCCCUUGGUCAAACCCGAUCAUUAUAUGAACCCGAGCAGGAAAAUGGUGCAGAAUUCAGAAUUUAGGGAAAAUCUGUUAUCUACCGCCCCUUUGACUGACCUGUUACCAGAUGCAAGAAGCACCCAGGCCAGUACAGAACACAAUGAAGAAGGAACCAGCCAAUCAGAGGCAGAAAUAAAUCAGGCUGAAAACACAGGCCAACAAAAUACCCCAAUUCCUCCAGAGCAUAAUUCAGCAUAUAAUGCCCAGACAGCUGAGGAUUUCAGAGGAAAGAAAGUCCUGAAAAAACUUGUGGCUGCUGUAGCUAAACUCUUUAAAUAGAGACUGCCUCCAGCGUCCAAUCUGAAAUACAGAUUACAUUUUAUUUUUUAUAUGAAUAUAGUUAAAAUUAUUUUUAUACACAUUAAGAAU